GCUCUCCCUCCCAUACUGGCAGAGGGACCACCGCACUGCUUGCAGCUUUUGGCCGGAUACUUGGCAGCAAUUUGGAUCGUGUUUACCAGAUACUGUGACAAGCUUCAACGAUGUCUGUGACAAAGAUUGCUACAAAUCAAGAAUUCACAGAAUUCUUGAAAAAAGAUGGAUUAAUAGUGGUUCAUUUCAUGGCUGAGUGGGCUGCGCAGUGUGGCCAGAUGAAUGAUGUUAUCGCUGAACUUAGUAAGCAGCCUGAGUGUAAAGAUGUUAGAUUUGUGAUUGUACAUGCUGAAGACCUUUCAGAAGUCAGUUUGAAGUAUAAGAUUGCUGCUGUUCCUACAUUCUUACUUCUAUUGAAUGGUAACAUAUUGGAAAGAGUGGAUGGAGCUAAUUCUGCAGACCUUACUUCUAAAGUUAAGACACAGGCAGCCAGAGCUUCACUGAUCUCUCCUGGUCCUGCUGCUUCUGCUUCUUUGCCUGACCUGAACACUCAUCUGAAACAGUUGAUCAACUCUUCAAAGUGCAUUCUAUUCAUGAAAGGCACACCUGAUACACCAAGAUGUGGAUUUAGCCGCACUACAGUUGAUCUUCUUAAUAAGCAUGAAGCUGAAUAUUCCAGUUUUGAUAUAUUGAGUGAUGAAGAAGUUCGACAGGGUUUGAAGAGUUAUUCAAACUGGCCCACGUAUCCACAGCUGUACAUUGAUGGUGAACUAAUUGGUGGGUUAGACAUCCUCCGAGAAAUGGAUUCAUCUGGAGAGCUGAGUUCGAUGCUUCCAAAAAAACAAAAAUUAGAAGAUAGGUUAAAAAUGCUGAUAAAUAAGGCCCCUUUGAUGGUAUUCAUGAAAGGAAACCAGGAAGCUCCAAGAUGUGGUUUCUCCAAAACCAUGAUAGGAAUUCUCAAUGAUACAGGGCUACCUUAUGAGACCUUCGAUAUUUUGACUGAUGAGGAAGUUCGUCAAGGCCUUAAAACAUUCAGCAACUGGCCAACAUAUCCACAG